AUGUUGGCUUCUUCACUUCUUGUCACCCUGGCGGGACUUGUCUCUUUGAGCACAGCUGGAUAUGUGCUGGAAGAUGACUACAGCGCUGAUCAAUUCUUCUCCAUGUUCGAUUUCUUCACCGACGCAGAUCCCACGAAUGGAUAUGUGCAAUAUGUGGACCAGAACACGGCUCAAAGCGGCGGGCUCAUCAACACCAACAAUGGCGCCGUCUACAUGGGGGUUGACCACACCAAUGUUGCGUCGGGUUCCGGGCGUCAAAGCGUCCGCCUGACAAGCAAGAAGUCCUAUACCCAUGGCCUGAUUGUUCUGGAUCUUUCCCACAUGCCCGGUGGAAUCUGCGGAACGUGGCCAGCCUUCUGGACCGUCGGCCCCAACUGGCCCAGUGCAGGCGAAAUUGAUAUCAUCGAGGGCGUAAACUCGCAGGCUUCCAACGCCAUGACCCUCCACACCGACUCCGGGUGCAGCAUUACCAACAACGGCAUGUUUUCUGGGUCCGUCGCCACGCCGAACUGCGACAUCAAGGCCGCGGGUCAAGCGAUGAACGCAGGCUGCUCGAUCUCGACGCCCAACGAUGGCACCUACGGCACUGGCUUCAACCAAGCCCAAGGCGGGGUGUAUGCCACUGAAUGGACCUCGUCGGCCAUCAGCAUCUGGUUCUUUUCCCGCUCCGCCAUCCCGUCCGACAUCUCCUCGGGCUCACCAGACCCCAGCAAUUGGGGCCAGCCGCUGGCGUCGUUCUCGGGAGGGUGCAACAUCGACGAGUUCUUCAACAAUAAUCAGAUCGUCUUCGACACGACCUUCUGCGGCGACUGGGCGGGCAAUGUCUGGACCUCCGAUCCCGUGUGCGGCUCCAAGGCGUCGACCUGCGAGAGCUUCGUACAGAACAACCCCUCAGCGUUCCAGGACGCAUACUGGUCCGUCAACUCGCUCCAGGUCUUCCAGAGCACCGGCGGCGAAAACGCCAGCACCACCGCCGGACCGCCGUUCCCGACCGCAUCGCCCCAGGGCCCUCCACCCUCGGUCAGCAUUCCCGGUGCACCAUCGGGCGCCCCUCCCGUGGCGCCCACCCCUCCAUCAAGCUUCUCCGUCCCUACGACGGGCUUCAGCCGCGGCGGCAACGGCCGACACAGCAAGACGUUCGGCACGGCGGGCGCCACGGGCGCAGAGUUCGCAGCCGUGCCAACGACCGCCUCCGCUUCAGCCGCGGUCUCGGCGUCUUCGUCGUCCACGGUGUCCUUCGACGCGCGAGACCCCUCUACAACGGUGGGCCCGCCGAUGGCCGUGGCAGUCGCCUCGGACGGGACGAUCAGCGAGGUGCAGGAAUCUCCCGCGUCGCCGCCUGAGAUCACACCCACCAGCACCACCUCCGCCCUGGGAUAUCACCACGAGAGCCGGCGAGAGGCAGGGCCAGAGCCGGACAUGUCCUCGUCAUCUUCGUCUUCGUCUCCUCUUGCAGAUAUGGUGCCUUUCUUCGACGAGACGUCGCACGCCAAGCGACACUUGGCCAGGCACCGGCGUAGCAGCAGGGAUAUGCAUCGCCAUCUGUUCCGCCACGGUGUGGUUGCCGGAGGUUCAGGGAGCGAGGAGUAA